CUUCAGGCGAUCGGAUUGCACCGUCGCGUCCUUUGACACGCUUAACCGCUUACGAAGAACGAUUUCGCCACCGUUUCACCGUUGACGUCCAGGUCGUUUUACCAUGCCAAGUAUUUACAGAAAAUCACGUAAAUUACGUCGCAGGCGAUACGUGCGCACUUAGUACAUCACGAAGUUGAAAGCUGCAGGCUGGUCGCUUGUGUGCAUCCUGAAAGAAGCGAUCUACUGUGUUGUGCACCCUCAUCGGAUAUAUUUGCUUUAUUGAUAUUUUGAGUGCCACGGGCCCUGCGGUGCUUAUGCAUAUCUUGAGAAUUUGGACUGUGUUUUAGAAUACGUUAAGGAUAAAAUAUUUGUUACGUUCGGUUGGUUCACAUAGCAGCCACCAUGUCGGAAAUUGUGUACCCGCAAGGGUGCAGGUCAGUCACUGAAGAUUUAGGCCCAGAUGAGUUAAUCAGGAGACUCAAGACAUUAGCACACACAUUGCAAGCCAUGGGACAAGAUGAAGGAAUGUAUCAGCAAUACAUCCCACUUGCGUUGCAUUUGGCAGAGGAGCACUUCCUUAUGCAUCAGAGCAAAGACGUGCAACUGCUUAUCGCAUGCUGUAUCGCAGAUGUCUUAAGAGUGUAUGCUCCAGAGGCUCCUUACAAAGAUGCCGAUCAGGUGAAAACAAUAUUUUUAUUUCUUAUUAAACAACUGGCGGGCUUAAAAGAUCCGAAGGAUCCCGCCUUUAAGAGGUAUUUCUAUCUACUUGAGAAUUUAGCUUAUGUGAAAUCAUUCAACAUGUGCUUCGAGUUAGAAGAUUGCCAAGAGAUCUUCUGUGCAUUGUUCUCCCUCAUGUUUAGAAUAGUCAACGAUGAGCAUUCUGGCAAAGUUAAGAGCUUCAUGCUGGAUGUCUUGUGUCCACUGAUCACCGAAUCUGACAUCGUCAGUAACGAGCUUUUGGAUAUCAUAUUGAUGAACAUUGUAGAGCCAAAUAAGACACAGAAGAAGAAUGCGUAUUUGCUCGCUAAAGAGCUAGUAAUCAAGUGUAGCGAUACUUUAGAACCGUACAUACAAGCGUUUUUCAAUCAUGUCUUGAUAUUGGGCAAAGAGGAGAAGAGUUUGCAGAUAUGCAAGAAGGUGUACGACCUGAUUUACGAGUUGAAUCACAUAUGUCCGAGUGUCUUGCUGUCCGUCCUGCCGCAGCUAGAAUGUAAACUAAAAUCCUCCUCCGAGACUGAGAGAUUAGGUGCCGUGGCGCUACUCGCGAGAAUGUUCUCUGAGAAAGGUUCGCAAUUAGCAGUACAGCACACUCAGUUGUGGAGGGCGUUUUUAGGACGAUUCAACGAUAUCAGCGUGUCUAUACGUAUUAAGUGCGUGCAGUAUUCGAUGCAUUUCUUGCUGAAUCACCCCGAACUGAGGAAGGACAUCACGGAGACUUUGAAGAUGAGGCAGCACGACGCCGAUGAGAGCGUCCGUUACGAAGUCGUUAUGGCUAUAGUGACAACCGCCAGAAAAGACUUCGAGGUCGUCUCCGACAGCGAGGACUUGCUGGAAUUCGUUAAGGAAAGGACUCUAGACAAAAAAUUCAAAAUACGAAAAGAGGCAAUGUCCGGCCUGGCUAUGAUAUACAAGAAACACCUGAACGACGCGGACGUGCCGCAAGCCACGAAAAAGGCGGUGACCUGGAUAAAAGAUAAAAUAUUGCACGGCUAUUAUAUGGCGGGCAUGGAAGACAGAUUGUUGGUAGAGAGACUGCUAAAUACGUGCCUAGUACCUUAUCAACUGCCGGCUGAAGAAAGAAUGAAAAAGCUAUACCAUCUCUUAGGCACAAUCGAUGAUCACGCUUCCAAAGCUUUCGUGGAACUCCAGAAGCACCAGCUUGCUGUACGAAGAGCAGUGGUCGAGUGGUUAGACAUCGUGAAGAAAUCGGAUAUUACGAACGAGCUGGUGACCAAGGUUCAUCAGAUAUCGCGCUUCUUGCCGGAUCCCACAAAGGUGCAGGAAUUCCUCCAGAAGUUCAGCAUUCACAUGAGAAAGGAUUCCAUGUUGUUGCAAGGAAUGGAGACGAUCGUACAACCGAAUGUCUCUUGCAAGGAAUGCGCCGACACAAUAAGUAUGGUUCUUAAAAAGUUAGGACAGCCUGUUAUGACCAAUCUGUACUACAACACGAUUAAGAUGCUGCUUGAGAGAGUAAGCUCCGUCAUGAUCGACGAAGAAGCUAUUCGAGUUUUGAUCGGAUACGUCUUGGAUUGCCUGAAAGGUGGCAACGUAAUAGAAGAAGUCGGUCUCAACCCGAACAAUGCUGGCGAGAAAGGACUAAGAUUGCUAGUAAUGCUUUCGUUCGUAUUUGGCCCGCAUUUCCUGCACAACGACAUCCUGAUGCAACUGGUCCACCUGCUCGAGUUAGAGGACGAAAUGGUGGGGCCGCUGGUCCUCUCGAUCUUCACGUUCCUGGGCAAGUACAAGCCUCUGUGCGAUGUGGCGCCGGAUAUCAUGAAUCUCAUGGUGCCGAUAUGCAAAACCUUCGCCGAGACGGGCACGCCGAAGCAGGCGAAGCAGGCCGUGCGAUGUUUGUUCGUUAACAUGACUAACAUACACGACACCAUUUUCCCCGAGAUCAUCGAGAGAAUUAAGAACACCCUGACGCCGACGUCGGAGUACUAUCGGACGUCUAUAGUCACCUUAGGCCACAUAGCGUAUAAUUUGCCAGAGAAAUAUCAAGUACAAAUAAAGAAUAUGGUGUCCAGAAAAAUAGUUAAAGAGUUACUAGUGAAGGAGAGCAGCGAGCAAAAUGCCAUUGCUAUCGACGGGGAUUGGUGCAGGGAGGAUCAGUUGCCCGAGGAAACACGGUGCAGAUUGGAAGGGUUGAAAUGCAUGGCGCGCUGGUUGCUGGGAUUAAAGACCGACGUGCUGUCGGCGCAAAAGACGUUCAGGAUGCUGAACGCUUUCGUGGUAAACAAAGGGGACCUGCUGCAGCAGGGACGUCUCAGCAAAGCCGAGAUGAGUUGGCUGCGAUUGCAGGCCGGUUGCUCGAUGCUGAAGAUAUGCGAACAGAAGGGCGUCGGCGACCAGUUCACCGCGGAACAAUUCUACAAUCUUUCACAACUCAUGGUGGACGAAGUUUCCCAGGUCAGGGAAGCUUUUGGCAGUAAGUUACACAAAGGUCUUGGAAGAGGGAUUCCAAAUAAAUGCCUACCACUGGAUUUCAUGGGAUAUUACGCCUUGGCUGGCAAAGAACAGGACAAAAGGUUAAAAUGCGUUCUGAAAACGUAUAUGCAGACAGACAUAAACAAGAGAAGGGAUUACGUGAAGACACUCUCCUUGGGUACCGUCGAGCGGGCUAUGGGUCAAUUGCCCCAUAUAUUACCGGACUAUAUGUUGGUUUUCGCGGUACCCAUCCUCGCGCACGACCCCGAAUUCACGAGUCACUCGAUGGUGAGCCAGUUGAAAAUCAUCCAGCAGUGUCUCUGGUUCAUCCUGGAACCUCUCAUCACGAAGAACGAGUAUUAUUGCUACGGAUUCUACAAAAAUCUCGUGGAACGUAUGAAGAGUCACAAAGACGCGUUGAAGCCUGAGGACAACGACAUGAACUAUAAAUUAUGGGCAGUCUGCGACCUGGCGAUGAAUGUAAUAUACACGAAGACCACCAAUUUCGACAUGAAGGAAUUCCCCAGCGAGACGCGAAUCCCCACGAUGUAUUUCAAGCGCACGGCGGACGAAAUGUUGAGCAACACCAAAAAUUACUUGCCCGCGGAGCUGCAAGUGAACAUGACCACUCCGAAGGGCAAGGGAUCAUUCCACAAUGCGCAUUCAGUCAGCGACAGACCGCAGCGCAGGGCCAAAUCCAAACAGCAAAAGGAAGUAGGCAUUGGACCUAACGAAACAGAUGCAAGGCUACAAGUUGGAGAAGUGGAAUGUAUCGAUGCGCAGCCUGCCGAAGCGUCAGAAACCAGGAUUCAACUGCCUGGCUUGGAGGAAGAGAUCGAAGAACCACCGGCCAAGAGGGCAUUAAGAGAAUCGGACAAAGUAAAUAAAUAAUUCAGUGAUUGAAAUAUUAUACGCUGGGGAUAAUGGGACGGGGAAAGACAUAAAGAGUGCGAUGAUGAGGAAAAUUAAAGAAUCUAAAAAGAUACUUUACAAAUUAGAAAACAGAAUAUUUUGGUUAUGUACAAUUAAUAAACCUAAGUCGUUCGUGUAUUUCUAGAAUGUAAGAUGUUAAGAUUACGACACAGUAACGUCAGAUGAUAAUUAAUGCGUGUAGGCUUACAAUUCAGAGAGAGUCCAUCGGACUUGCAACUUGUGGGUAAAAUGAGAAAAAAAACAUAAAGAGAAAUGACGAGGAGUCUGUUGGUUUCUCACAGAGAACACAUACGGACCCGCGAAUGCGUUCUCUUUUUUUUUUUUUUUUUUUUCGUCAUAUGACAAAACCGAAAUGUACGAAUGCGUAUAUUUCCCGUUAUUUCUAUGAAUUAUACGACGCAUCGUCACUAACAAAUAAUUUUCCCGAAUGACUGUUUAGUCGGAAUGGUCAUUUUUUACAAAGCAUAUAUAACGGAUUCUUUGAAUUGAUGCUCUUAUUCGGGUGGCAUUUGAUCAUCAUAGUAUUGUUCACUUUUUGCACACCAUACAAAACGGAUGGAAAAAAGUCUUUUUCUAUGUCUUUAUUUCGCGAUUACUUCCGAUGAAUCGUGUUGUUUUGCUAAUGAAAGAAAAAUAUAGCAUUCAGUUUAGACACAGCAAGCAUAUACAUAUAAAUAUAUAUAUAAAUAUAUAUAUAUAUAUAUACAUAAACAAUAUUGUCAACAUACUUUAUUGACAAGUGAAUAAAGCAAAUCCAUUUUUUUCUGCAAAAGAAGUAUAUCCAGAUGUAUCGAGUAUAUUGUCACUUUAUGAACCGCAAAGGAGAAUACUAUAGUUUUGUUGCGUAAACAAUACAUAUUAUUAUAAAAAUUGUAUGACUGUCGCGUUUGUGAUCCGAGAUCAUGUGGAUUUUUUUUUUUUUUUUAUUAUUAGUAAUAUGACUCCCAUCGCGCGCCACAGCGGUCUUUAGUCUUUAGCGGUGAUGAUUAUUCAGUCAGGAUUUGUAUGAACACAAUGAUUUUGUCAAGGAAAACGUAUUCACGAAUGUGAUGCAACUUUGUGUUUACUCAAAAUUAUAUUUUGUUUUAUUUACCGGCGAAUUUAAUGUUUGUGUCGGUUUGAUUGGUACGACGAAUGAUUUUUCUUGUUCAAAAAUAUUUUAAUAUUUAUAUAGACAGUUUUUUCUCUCUCUCUCUCUCUCUCUCUCUCUCUUUCUCUCUCUCUCUCUCUUAUGAGCGACAUACAUUGGCACAUUGGAAACAUCGAUAUUAAAUCAAACUGGUGUUCUUAUAAAGAGUUAAUCGAAGUCUUAAUGUUUAAGAUAGUCUUUUCUUUUUUCACGCCGUUAAUAUCUUCUAUCUCGAUUUAUAUGACUGUCUUAUUUACUCAUUGUCUGCUUAUUGUAAGAUUGUCCGAUUGUGUUUGAUUCGAAUUUGUAUCCAAAAUUCUUCUAUACCUGCAAUCAGUUGAUGAAACAUUGUCCCCAUAGAAUCUUAAUAAGAUACGCUCAGCUGAAGUACUUUGGUGUAUUUUUUAUUGCGCUCGCCUAAUCAGAAGUUAAGUGUGUGUUGUGUGUUUAAAUUUAUAAAAUAUAUAAGAGAAUCUUUCGACAUCAGUCAUGAAUCACGCAUGAGAACAGUUCCAACUGUUCCCGUGUAAUUUAUAUAUGAAUAUAUUGAUGUUACAUUGUGGCAGUAAUAAGCAAUUUUCGUUUAACAAAUAAGUAAUAUUUAUAUAUAAUAUCGCUAUUUCAUCUCACUGAUUUCUUAUUGCAAAUCGGAAUAGGAUCUAUGUGUAACGAUAGAAACGAAAAUUUGCGAGGAUUUGCGAAAACCAUCGACACUUUUGUAUUUAUAAAUAAAUGUAAAAUUAAAAUUGUG